AACAUGACGGCCUUGCCAUGGUCUGUAAGUACACACAAGGAACAGUUCAUUGGAAUAAGGUUAUCAUGUUGACCUCUUGGAAGUGACUUUAGAACAUGUUUCUUAGUGUACUAGAAUAUUCAAUAUGCUUUUAUGGAUUUUUUGUGCAGCUAGUUUCGGAGUAGCUUACGGCCAAGACGUUUCUGUAUUCACAAAAGGUUUUGACAACGAUGGACAUGUUACAAAAGGAACAAUAGUUUCCUAUUCAAAAGACAUUACCAAUUUCAAUGCUAAGUUUACAAGUGAUGGUAAGUUCCAUGUCCAAGUUCCAGGAAUAUAUGUCUUCCAUUUCUACGCAUUAAGUUAUACCUCGUCUGAUACAAAUUUGAUGAAGUUAUACCGGAAUGGUAUUUACCUUGUCUCUAUUUACGAUGACGAGCAAAAGCAUAAUUCUGAUGCAGCUGGGAACACAGUAAUACUUCAGUUGGAAAAAGGAGAUACUGUAUACGUCCAGGCCUCAGAUCACAAUAGCUUCAAUGUGUAUGGUAGGGCUGCUGAAAUAUACGCCACAUUCACUGGAGGACUUAUAUUUUCUGGAAGAUCAAGUGCUUCAAACCCUGUAGCCAUGACAGCCGGAAUUACUAAAGACGUAUCCCUUCCCAACGGUGGCACUGUUGUCUUUGAUAAAGUCUUCACAAACCUUGGAAAUGGAUAUGAUAGCACAACGGGAUAUUUUGUGGCACCGACAGAUGGAGUUUUCUUGAUUCAUUACUUUGCACGUUCACAGUCUGGACAUAAAAUAUUCCUAGAUUUAUAUAAGAAUACCAUAUAUGUAAAUUCGGCAUGGGGGCAACUGACGCAUCAGGCGAACGCAGGAAACAGUGCUAUAUUGGACAUGAGAACUGGAGACAAAUUGAGUAUCCGUAGCCGUUCCGGAGACGCCGUCGCUUUGUCUGGACAGCCUAAUGCUGUAUACUGCACAUUUUCAAUUAUGAAAUUAUCUGAACAGAACACUGCACCAUCAGGUCCUCACGCCAAUCAGAUUCAAGCCUUUUCCGCAGUUUUAACAAAAAAACAAAACGAAGGACGACAUACAACAAAAGUUGUUUGGGAUAAGUUGUACUCCAACCAUGGCGGCAAUUUCAAUAUAAGCACAGGUAUUUUCACUGCGUCGGUUCCAGGUGUUUAUAUCUUUAGCUAUCAUGCUCUUUCACAGGAAGGCCAACCGAUGUGGCUGGAACUAUAUCAUAAUUAUGUGUAUGUUAAUUCCUUAUAUGGCAGUGGUCAUUUUUUCUCUUACGGGAGCAAUAGCGCAGCGUUGAAACUUGCACCUGGGGAUAUUGUUUAUAUCGACAUGAAAAAUCACAAUACAAGAUUAUUUGGUGCAGCUGACGAAAUAUAUGGUUCAUUUUCGGGAUACCUACUUGUUCCAAUGGACGGAACAUCAAUUGCAGGAAGAUAAUUUACUUUUGUAACAAAAAUGAUUCGUUUUGGUAGGUUUUCUUUGAACAUUGUUAAUAGACGAAUCAAAAGGAAUAACA